GCAAGUAGUUACGGGCCACGAUUCACAGUCGCUUUGCACCUCAAAACUAGUUUUACCGCAACUCGCCGGCGGAAAAGUAGUUCGUAGGAUUGUGUUUCGUUCCUAAUCCUGAUUUAUAACAUAACUUCGUUUUUUCGGAACGGUUAUUUCUCAAUUAACAAAAAUGUCUACUAAACCUGCAUUCAAAGUGGCUGAUUUGUCGUUGGCGGAAUGGGGACGGAAAGAAAUCACUUUGGCAGAACACGAAAUGCCAGGAUUGAUGGCUAUUAGGAAGAAAUAUGGUCCUGAAAAGAUUUUAAAAGGUGCACGAAUUGCCGGAUGUCUUCACAUGACGGUGCAGACUGCAGUACUUAUUGAAACCCUCAUUGAACUUGGUGCCGAGGUGCAAUGGUCGUCGUGCAACAUAUUCAGCACGCAAGAUCAUGCGGCAGCUGCUAUUGCAAAAGCAGGGAUCCCUGUGUAUGCGUGGAAAGGUGAAACCGACGAGGAGUACCUAUGGUGUAUAGAGCAAACCCUUGUCUUUAAAGACGGUCAACCGUUAAACUUGAUCCUCGACGAUGGAGGUGAUUUGACCAAUUUAGUUCACAACAAGUUCCCACAAUACUUGGAAAACUGUCGAGGCAUUUCCGAAGAGACCACUACAGGCGUUCACAAUCUGUACAAGAUGUUGAAAGAAGGCACACUGAAGGUCCCAGCGAUAAACGUGAACGAUUCAGUAACAAAGAGCAAGUUCGAUAAUUUGUAUGGAUGCAGAGAGUCAUUAAUCGAUGGUAUCAAGCGGGCAACAGACAUUAUGAUCGCUGGAAAGGUCUGUGUGGUUGCUGGUUAUGGAGAUGUUGGAAAAGGAUGUGCUCAAAGUCUCAGAGCACUUGGUGGACGUGUGAUUAUCACCGAAAUUGAUCCUAUUAACGCUUUACAAGCAGCCAUGGAAGGAUACGAGGUGACUACAAUGGAAGAGGCAUCAAAUAAAGGACAAAUAUACGUUACCACUACAGGAUGCAAAGACAUCAUAAUGGGUAACCACUUUAUAAACAUGCCAGAGGAUGCUAUUGUUUGUAAUAUUGGUCACUUUGACUGUGAGAUCGAUGUUACGUGGCUGGAAAAGAACGCUGUCGAGAAAGUGAACGUCAAGCCACAAGUAGACAGAUACACGCUGAAAAAUGGAAGACACAUCAUUCUCCUAGCAGAGGGCCGUUUAGUUAAUCUUGGAUGCGCGACUGGACAUUCCAGUUUCGUGAUGAGCAACUCAUUCACAAACCAAGUUUUGGCGCAGAUAGAACUGUGGACUAAGACCGAAUCCUAUCCAGUCGGUGUUUAUAUGCUGCCAAAGAAAUUGGACGAAGAGGUUGCAGCGUUGCAUUUGAAUCAUCUUGGCGUGAAACUAACAAAAUUAUCAGAAGAACAAAGCAAAUAUCUUGGCGUACCUGUAGAAGGGCCUUACAAGGCGGACCAUUAUCGAUAUUAGUCGCUGAACACCUAAUGGCUCAUAUGUACUUCUAUCUAUGUAAUUAAAAUGUGCCGGCGAUAGUGUUUCGAUUUGCAUUAUCGGCCGUUAAUCUGUUAGUCAUUCAUUUAUUAACAUCACUCGAUUGUCAAGUGUUCUGUUCAAUCGAUCAACGCCAACGCAGGAACUGUAUUUUGUAGUACUACUUUUUUAAUGUCUACAAACUUGCGUAGAUGCAGCUAUCGUUUUUAAAUAAAAGGAAUUUGUUUACGA